CCAUAUUUUCCAGCACCAAAGGGAGAACAAGCGACGCAGUAUAUGAUGAGAAGAAUAGCGCCAAGACGAAUAUGGCCACCGAUUGCAUUUGGAGCUUCCAUAGCUUGUUGGUAUGAGCACGUAAGCCGAACCAUUUGCCUUCUUAUCUGCAAAAACCAUCGUUUGUGGGAGUUUCUCACCAAACUCCUCACCAGAAACAGGAUCAGAACAUACUUAGUAGAGGGAUUCUGCUGUCAUACACACAACGCAGCAUGGCAUACACUACACAACAUAAUUUGUGGCACUGCUGGGAAAAUUGAAGGUUACUUAGACAUGGUAAAAAACCGUCUAAAAUGCGAAGUCACAGUUUUCCACGGCAGAGAAGAUGAGCUUAUCCCCGUCGAAUGCAGCUACAACGUACAAUCUAGAAUUCCUCGUGCUCACGUUAAGGUAGUUGAGAACAAAGAUCACAUCACUAUUGUUGUUGGCAGACAGCAGGUAUUUGCUCGGGAACUUGAAGAAAUCUGGAGAAAUAAUUCCACAACUUGAAUUCCUCAAGUGUUUGAAUCAAGAUCCUAGCUAAACAAUGUCAUUUUUUUCUUUACCAAAUCCAAUGAAGCAAAUUUGGAUAUAAUGAAAGCUUUAUUGGACUAGUUUUUAUUUCUUUUUAUCCUUUUUUUCUUGAUAAGAUUGCAAAACUCAGAUAAUUCUAGUAUUAAUUAGUAUAUCAGUGUAUCACCACAGCUUUGUAAUGGGAUGCGAAAGUGUUUCUCAUCUCUUCCUAUUAGUAAUUGUAUAAGAGCAAUAAGAAGCAACGGAAAUGUUUAUGUCUA